AUGUAGCAGACGACAAGCUUCCGUGAUGAACAGACUUGACAAACCCAGGAAAUCGUGGCGAGCUAUUGAUGAAUUUCAGGAGGCAAUCUACUGCGACGUUAGGAAAAGGACGUCACCACAAGAUAGAGAACCUGAGCCUUCUAAAGGAAUCGUCCUUCACAAAAUAGAAAACGUCGUCCUUAGUUUGGUACAACAGAUUAGUAGUGGAGAGCCCCCAACAUUGGUCUCCAACAGUCGGACGUCCUGGGACAAUAUCAGUUUUGAGGAAGACUAUGGACUGAAGAUGGAAAAACAACUGAAAAUGACAUCAGUCAGAUUUAGCUCUCAAACAUCUGUAAAGAAACUCGGCCUGAUGUUAAAAGUCCUGGGUGUCAUAUACAGACUGGUACAGACAGGAAAACACUGCACCAAAAGAGACAUCUAUUACCAGGAUGUGUCGGGGUUCGGGAGUCAGGCGCAACUGGACGAGGUGGUGGACAACCUCUCCUGUCUACUGGACAUACCGCGAUGGGGCCUGCACGUGUUAGCUUCCUCUAAAGGGUGCGUAGCCGGGGAUUUGUCGUUUCAAGAUGGCGACGGGAACUUAGUCGACUGUAAAUCCACUCGUACGGGUGUGAUGGUUCCUAAUGACGUUAGAUCUUUGAGUUAUUUGCAUACGGAUGCGUCGUUUAUUCUCGUUGUGGAGAAGGAUGCCACCUUUCAGAAUCUCAUUGACAACGGAUUCUGCACCAAGCUUGGUCCAGCCAUACUCAUUACGGGUAAGGGAUUUCCCGACGUGAAUACCCGGAUGUUGCUUAGGAAGCUAUGGGAUUCCUUCCACAUACCAGUCAUGGUGUUGGUGGAUGCUGAUCCUCACGGUAUUGAGAUUAUGUCCAUCUAUAAGUACGGAUCCAGGGCCUUAUCUCACGAAUCCAGCUACCUCACUGUACCUUCCCUCGGGUGGAUAGGUGUCUUGCCCAGUGACGUCACAAGGUUGGGUAUUGGUCGGGCGGAUCUACUACCAAUGACCAAGGCUGACCGCGAAAAGGUGGUCGAGCUGAAAUCUCGUCCGUACUACAGCCAGUCCGCUGCUUUCCAAAGGGAG